GGGUAGUGUCUCUCAGCCAUGGCAUUGGCACAUGAAAGUUUGUGCCAGCUACCUCUUAGACUUACUUGUCUUUUACUCUUUUUCUUCUUCAUUUCUUAUUCUCUUUCCUUCCAUAGCACACCACCUCAAAAGGAAUGUUUUGACUCUAAAUGCUGUAAUUUUUUUCUUCUUUUGUGUGUAUAAUAAGUUUCUUUUUGCUAGCCCCAAUGAUUUGAUCAAUUUUCUCUCGAUUCUUGCCGACAUUGUCAAACCCAGUAAACUCUUGAAGACUGAACAACUGAAGAGUCCUCCCUCCCUGCCGCGGAGAAAUCUAGGGGCCGGAAAGAAUGUUGCUGAGAAAUCGGUUCUUGUGAUUUUAUAUAGCGGGAAUCGAUCGGGGGUUUUUUCAUGGGCUGUGCGGCCUCGAAGAAGGCGGUGUCCGUGACGCCGGCGGCUUUUGAUCACUCCGGCUUGCUCCGGAAAGACGACGGCGGCGAUGCCGUCCGGAGCGAUGCGAAGAAAAUGAAGAGGAAGUCUAGGGUUGCGAUGAGCGAGACAGCGAGCUUUAGGCUUGGGAAUAUACAGAAUUAUGCCGAAGCGGAGCAAGUGGCGGCUGGGUGGCCUGCUUGGCUCAGUGCGGUUGCAGGGGAAGCCAUUCACGGUUUGGUGCCGCUCAGAGCUGACUCUUUUCAGACACUGGAGAAGAUUGGUCAAGGUACAUAUAGCACUGUAUUUCAAGCACGUGAUCUAGACAGUGGGAGGAUAGUUGCACUGAAGAAGGUGAGAUUUGAUCAUUUGGAGCCAGGAAGUGUGCAGUUUAUGGCACGAGAGAUAGCGAUACUCCGCAGGCUUGACCACCCAAACAUUAUAAAAUUAGAAGGGAUAGUCGCUUCACAAUUGUCAUGUAGCAUUUAUCUUGUGUUUGAGUACAUGGAACAUGAUGUUUCUGGACUCUUGUCUUGUCCUGAAGUCACAUUCAGCGAAUCACAGAUUAAAUGCUACAUGAAGCAGUUAUUGUCUGGGCUUCAUUAUUGUCAUUCUCGGGGUAUAAUGCAUCGAGAUAUCAAAGGAGCAAAUCUUCUGGUAAAUAACGAAGGAAUCUUGAAGGUUGGUGAUUUUGGAUUGGCAAACUUUUGUAACCUUAGGCGGAGAAAACCAUUGACCAGUCGAGUUGUCACAUUGUGGUAUCGUCCCCCUGAGCUAUUAUUAGGUUCCACAAAUUAUGGAGCUUCUGUGGAUCUUUGGAGUGUUGGAUGUGUAUUUGGGGAACUUCUUACUGGUAGACCUAUUCUUCGAGGAAGAACUGAGGUAGAGCAACUGCACAAAAUUUUCAAGCUUUGCGGAUCACCACCAGAUGAAUACUGGACGAGUUCUAAACUUCCUCGUGCAACUCUUUUUAAACCUCAGCAUCAUUAUGAGAGCUGUAUUUGGGAAGCCUUUAGACAUCUACCGAAAGAUGCAGCCUCCCUGAUAGAAACUCUUCUUAGAGUGGAACCACACAAGCGCGGGACUGCUGCUUCUGCACUUGCAUCUGAGUAUUUUAAGACGAAACCUUAUGCAUGCGAUCCUUCAAGCAUGCCCAAGUACCCACCAAACAAAGAGAUCAAUGCCAGGCAGCGUGAAGAAAUUACAAGGAAGAGGACUGGUGCUAGAGCCCAUCGGCCAAAGACAAUAAGAAAGCUAACUAGAAAACAGAAUGCACUAAGUAAACUGGUACCAGAAGAGAAUGUACCAGUCCAAAACCAAACUGCACGUAAAAGUGAUGGCCCUAUCCUUCAUAAUCACAACAAGAAUGAUAUGGUUAUGAACCUGGAGCAACAUAAGCAAUCAAUUGAUAUGAUGGAAGAGGCUUCCCACACAAGGAAUGUGUCUCAAAGUGAUGUCCCCUUUUCAGGUCCACUUCAGGUUUCUGGAUCAAGUGGCUUUGCAUGGGCUAAGAGACGGUUUGAUGAUUCAUCCCGAAGAUCACGGAGUAGGUCUAGUUCGAAAAGCCUACUGUUUGAGCCAUCAGGUGCAUUAGAACUGAAAAAUAACUCGGGAUCCAAGAGGCAAGAAAAGUGUGAACACAGAAAUUGUGGUGAGACCAAUUCUAAAUGCCAUGAUUUCUGUGAAAAUGGCAUGCAUGCAGAUCCUUGUGAUGCUUCUGAUUGGUAUCUCCCAAAAGAAUUGCCCAUAGAAGUUUAUCUUGAAGAAGAACUGGCUCUCAAGAAGAUGAACUUGCUUGGGGAUCAUGGAGACAGGGUUGAAUAUUCAGGACCCUUGUUGUCUCAGUCACACAGAGUUGAUGAGCUCUUGGAGAAACGUGAGCGCCAGAUCAGACAUGCGGUUCAGAAAUCAUGGUUAUAAAAAGGACCCUGAGAAGCCAAGUGGAUCCCAAAGGGACUCAGUUUGGAUGGAGGGCCUUUGUUUGGUUCGGUGUUUGAAUUUCGGGUUAGCUUAAUUAUUCAUUUUAACCCGCAACUAUUGUGACGUUUUCACAUUUAAUUUUAUGAUUUCACUGGUGUCAUCACAUUUGGUUCUUAGCUCCAGAACCUUAGCUUCCUCUUCUUGUUGAGAAAUGUUUACAAAUGAAUUUGUAAAUGAUGUUUUGAUGGAUACUUUUUUUUUCCUUGUUUACAAAUGACUUUGUACCAUGAUGGAUACUUUUUAUG